CUUCACCAGGAUCUUCUCCGGGGCCAGGGCGGCUGAGGAGCCCUGAGGGGCACAGGGGGACCUGGGGGGGCUCCAGGAUCACCCCCCAGGGCAAAGAGACCCCCUGGGACAAAGAGAACCCCCCCCGGGACAGCGACGUCUCCUGUGGGAUCGUCCCCGUGGGAUCGGGAACAGCCGGAGCUUCACCGGGAUCUUCUCCGGGGCCGGGGCUGCCGAGGAGUCCUGAGGGGCACAGGAGGGUCUGGGGGGGCUCCAGGAUCUCCCCCCGGGGCAAAGAGACCCCCUGGGACAAAGAGAACCCCCCCCGGGACAGCGCCGUCUCCUGUGGGAUCGUCCCCGUGGGAUCGGGAACAGCCGGAGCUUCUCCGGAGCUUCUCCAGGGCCAGGACCACCAACGACCCCCGAGAGAGAUGGGGGGUGACCAGGGAGGCUCCAGGACCCCUCUGGGGACACCGAGACCCCCCCCUGGGGACACCGAGACCCCCCUGGGGACACCAAGACCCCCUUGGGGACAAGGACACCCCCCUGGGAUCCACAACAAUGCCGGGAUCGUCCCCGUGGGAUCGGGAGCAGCCGGAGCUUCUCCAGGAGCUGUGACUGGGACUGAGGAUCUGGGGGGGCUCUGGAGGAUUUGGGGGGCUCUGGGACCCCCCCUUGGGGACACCGAGACCCCCUGGGGACACCGAGACCCCCCUGGGACACUGAGACCCCAAGAAUCCCGGGAUUGCCCCCAUGGGAUCGGGAGCAGCCGGAUGGGACCGAGGGCGUCCGUUGGAUCCAUCCCGGGGACUUUUUGGGACCGGGGGGGGGUCUCCAGAUGGGACCGAGGGGCUCCCACAGGGACCGGGGGGGGUCCAGAUGGGACUGGGGGGACCUGGACCCUCCAUAUGGGAUCGGGGGGGACCAGGACCCCCCAUAUGGGGUCGGGGGUGUCCCUGUGGGGCUGGGAUGCUCCAUAUGGGACCACAAGCUCUGUAGGGGACCUGGACCCUCCAUAUGGGAUCGGGGGGGACCAGGACCCUCCAUAUGGGAUUGGGGGGAUCAGGAGUGUCCCUAUGGACCCUCCAUAUGGGAUUGGGGGUGUCCAUACAGAGCUGGGACCAUCCCUUUGGGGUCAGACCCCCCCAUAUGGGACCAAGACAUUCUAUAUGGGACCAAGACACUCCAUAUGGGACCAAGACACUCCAUAUGGCAGCAGGAGCUUCCGUAGGGGACUGAGGGGAUCCCGACAGAGCCGGGACCGUCCCUGUGGGGCCAGGAGGUUCCAUAUAGGGCCGAGGGAGCCCUGUGGGGCCCAGGACUGUCCCUGUGGGGCCGAGGGAGCCCUAUGGAGCCCAGGAGUCUCUGUAGGGCCCAGGACUCUCCCUAUGGGGCCGAGGGAUCCUUGUAGGGGCCGGGACUGUCCCUGUGGGGCCAAAUGGUCCCUAUGGGGCCCAGAACCCCCCCUAUGGGGCCAAAUGGCCCCUAUAGGGCCUGGGACUGUCCCUAUGGGGCCAAAUGAUCCCUAUAGGGCCCAGAACCCCCCCUAUGGGGCCGAGGGGUCCCUAUGGGGCCAAAUGGUCCCUAUAGGGCCCAGAACCCCCCCUAUGGGGCCAAGGGGUCCCUAUGGGGCCAAAUGGUCCCUAUAGGGCCCAGAACCUCCCCCUAAGGGGCCGAGGGGUCCCCACAGGUCCCAAAACCCCCCCUUAUGGGGCCGAGGGCUCCCUAUAGGUCCCAGCCCCGCCCCUAUAGAUCCCAAAGCCCCCCCUUACCCCCCCCCAGGAGCAGCUGGAAUUUUUUGGGAGGGGGGGGGGAACC